AUGCGAUCGUCUGUGGCUGGGUUGAAGCCCGCUUGGACGAAGUCUUUGAACUCUUGGAACAUCUUUACGAAUCCUCGAUGGAUCCGGAUCGCACUGGCUACAGCACUGUUAGUGUCGACAUGCAUCUUCCUCGCCGUUGAAACGCGUGCCUUCGAUAACAUCCCCGUGCCAUCCUUCAUCAGCCCCAAGGUGGCCGAACCCGAAGAGCCGCCACCGAUUCCCGCACCGCCGUCCUACCUCGAAGCCAACGUCGCUGGCACGAUCCAAAAACCAGAAAAGCUCGCAUACGUGACCUUUCUUACGGGAAAUGUUGCUGAAGGCGAUGAUUUGUUCACGCCAAACGCAGAUGCAGAUGAUUUGGAGGAGGACAAAUACUUCCAGGCCAUCCGCAUACUCCUCUGGCAAUUCAUUCACAAACCCGAGACGCGCACUAAGCAUGAUGUUAUCGUCAUGGUCACACCCACCGUCUCUCAGGCACGACGCGAUCGGUUGAAGAAGGAUGGCGCGAUUGUCCAUGCCGUCGAGCUCCUGCAUACUGUCAACGACAGCUGGGUCCAGCCCGAGGUGCACCGCUGGGACGACGUAAUGACCAAGUUACGCGUUUGGGAAAUGACCCAAUACGACCGGAUUGUCGUGCUCGACGGCGAUUCGAUGCUGCUCAAGAAUCUUGACCCAGUCUUCGACGACCCCGGCGCCCAACUUCUCGCUACCAAGCCCUCCAGUCAGACUGAUCUGCCUUCAAACUACCUCCUCGCAUCCAUUUCCGAAGUCUGGGACUCAAGUCACACGUUCCCGCCGACGCACGGCACAGGUCUCAAGAAUCCCGGCUAUUUCAACGCUGGAUUCUUUAUACUCGCUCCCUCGCUCUCUGUCUUCGAAUACUAUAAAUCGCUGCUUAACACACCUGGCUCGUUUGACCCCAAAUAUCCUGAACAGAACCUGAUGAACUACGCACAUCGCUGGGACGGACCCAUGCCGUGGCGAGAGAUUGCGUAUACCUGGAACAUCCGUUGUCCAAACGACAAUGACAUCGCUCAUGGACUAACCAGCUUACACGAGAAGUGGUGGACGCAGCCAUACAUCUAUAACAACGACAAGACGAAGCAAUGGUUGCAAGCGCGACGGUGGGAGAUGAAGGGAUGGUAUGAUGCUUUUGAGACAGCAAACCCGACACGUGUAUGA